CUGCGCUGCUCGAAUCAUUCCUGGGAUAUGUUUUAACAUGGGCUGGAUCAAUCUGCUGCAGAAUGUGUUCAGUAUUAUCAUGAUCAGAGGAAUAUUGUGCAUGACCUCUGAGAUUCAGCUGGAGGUCCAGGAGGAGUUGGAGGAGGGUAUCGGGGUUGGCACCCUUGCCAGUGACUUCUUGCCACCAUACAAGUAUCUCACACCAGAUGAUUACUUUAGACUAGAUAGCGUCACGGGGGACUUAUACAUGACCGCACACAGAAUGGACCGGGAAUCCCUGUGCCCCAGAAAGGAUCCAGAAGGCUGUCUCCGCAAGUAUGUUGCCAUCAUUGGGCCUGAGGAGAACAUUGUCCAGGUCACUGUGAAGGUGCAGGAUAUUAACGAUAAUGCACCCAUCUUCUAUGCUAGCGAGAUUCACCUCAGUGUCCCAGAGGAUGUGGCUGUGGGGGUCACUUUUGCACUUGAUGACAGUGCUUCGGAUGCAGACGAAGGCAUCAACGGAGAGGUGUGGUACAAACUGGACACCGAAAGCAGCUUCUUUGUUGUGAAUGAGAAAGAAACAUCUCCAGUUGUGGUUGUUCAGAAAGAGCUGGACCGGGAGACACAAAGCUCCCAUCAACUGAUCCUCCUCGCCAUCGACCGUGGAUCCCCGCCACAGACUGGCACAGCCACUUUGGUUGUGGAGGUGAAAGAUGUCGAUGACAAUUGCCCAACAUUCUCACCCAACAGCCCCCAAACUGUGUCUAUUCCAGGGAACUCACCCAUCGGCACAGUGGUCACACGUGUCAUAGCCACCGAUGCUGAUCUGGGCACCAAUGCUAUGAUCACAUAUUCGUUUGAUGCAAGAACCUCUGACAAGUUUUACAUGGACCAAGAUAGCGGACAUAUCACCUUAUUAGGCAUCAUUAACACUGAUGUCCCUUUGAAGUAUAUACUGAGAGUUCUAGCAAAUGGUCCAUUUUGCCCUCCCGUAGCCACUCAGGUAACUGUAUCUGUUCUGCCAGUGGUGAGCGAGCAGCCAGUGAUCAAGAUUAAGUUCAUAGCAGAACACCGAAACCAGACUCUUCUGUUACAGGAGAACAAGCCCCCUACAGUCUUGGCUGUUCUAGAACUCACCAAGGCUUCUGGGAUUACAGGCACCCUAUCUAUUGAAGGAGAUGUCCCAUUUCUGCUAAAACCACAUAAAGGCAAAUACCAUCUGCUACCGUCAAGUCCUCUUGACUUUGAGCAGAAGCAUGAAUAUGACAUUUCCUUGGUUUACAAUGAUGCUGGAGUCUCCAAGUUUGGUCCUAAGACAGUGAUUCCAGUCUUGGUGGAAGAUGUUAAUGAUAAUGCUCCCCAGUUCCAACAGAUGCAGUUUAAAGUAGAAGUGCUUGAGAACAACCAACCUGGGGCUCCCCUGGUGCAGGUGAAGGCCACUGAUGUAGAUAGUCUACAGAAUGGCAAAGUGGUUUACAGGCUGAGCCCUGAUGCUGAAGGCCUGUUUGGAAUCGACCGCAUGACCGGCCAGCUCUAUGCCAUGGUUGCUCUGGACAGAGAACACCAGGAAUACUACAGUAUCAUCGUGGUUGCCCAGGACAAUGGGUCUCCACCAUUAGAGGCCACUGCCACCGUGUCCAUCCAAGUGUUGGACCAGAAUGACAAUGCUCCUGUUUUCCUGAGCCCAAGCUUCAUCUUCUUCAUCCCAGAAAACAUCCCUCUGUUAGCUCGGGUGGGGCUUGUGGCAGCUGAGGAUGCAGACAAAGGGCAGAAUGGGAAGGUGGAGGUUCAUGUGCUAAAUGGCAGCAGCUCCUUUGUGAUGGACAACAUCCAAGGUACAGUGCGCUGCACUGCUGAGCUGGACCGUGAGCGUCAGGAUCGAUAUGAGCUAUGGCUCCUGGCCAGGGACUGGGGACGACCAUCCUUGUCGUCCACUGUCAAGGUCACUGUCUUUGUGGAGGAUGUCAAUGACAACUAUCCCCACAUCAUCCUCCCCAACAGUAAUCUCUCCUGUCUGACUGUGUCACCUGACAUGACCAAGGGAGCCACCAUCACCAGGAUCCACGCCAUCGACGCAGACUCUGGCAUCAACUCAGACAUCAGUUAUCACAUUGGAGCUUGCGACCCACCAAACAGCCUUUUCAGUAUAGAUCCCCACUCAGGUAAUAUCACCUUGGCCCAGUACCUACUGCUGAGGGAUCAUGGGAUACAUCGCCUCCUCAUUGUGGUAAGAGACGGUGGCAGGCCCACUCCACUGGAGUCCACUGUGUGGGUCAACCUGCUUGUCAACAAGUCUGUGGAGCCUUGCCAUGUCAGUGAUGUUCCCACAGUUCCCCCAACUUUCCUGCCCCUAAAAAGUAAAUGUGACAUGGAUGAAAUAAGUAGUGAACAGGCCUGGCUCAUACUUAUGAUUGGCCUAAGCAUGAUUGCAUUUUCUUUCAUCAUGCUUCUUGGAGCUGGAUUAAUAUGUUUAAAACAGAGGACUACAAGAAGUAAAAGGAAAAGAAAUAAAAGUAAGGACAAUAAAAUAAAUUUGAAACUAAUGGAGAAUUGUCAAACAGACAUGUUUGAAUUGACAGGUGGAUGAACUAAAACAUAUAUACAUAUAUAAUUA